UUCUUGCAAACUUGCGCUAUUAUCAAACGCCUACCUUCAGUUAUUUUAGGUAUUUGCUUGACCUGAAAGUGGCGAGGAUGAAUUCUGUGGCUUCAAAAGCCGACGAGAAUCCGGAGCAGCAAAGCACAACAAAAGCAUCACUAAAAUACAAUGGUAUGAAUCUUCAAGCAGCAAUAUCAGAUACAAAUGAAGCCAUGGCUCUGUGCCUGUGCAACAGAUUUGGGGAGGCACAAGCACUGCUUGAACCUCACACAAGUGACAGUAUCUACCAUGCUCUUGGGUACUCUACCAUUUCAUAUCUCCAGGCCAUAAUGACAUAUGAAUCAGAUGCCAUCGAAACUGCAUGUAAAUCAGUGAAAAGGGGUUUACAAGUUUGCAACAAGUUUCGAAGAAAUCAAACAUGGACGGAAUCGCUGUACGCUUUCGUUGGUAAACCGCAUUUCGAAGAAUAUUCCGAAUUGGAGAUCCACGCAGAGCUGUGUUAUGCUGAAUGUCUGUUAGAAAGAGCGAUUCUCACGUUUAUCCAGGACGAGAAUUUAAUAAGUUUUAUCAAAGGCAGCUUGAAGAUAAAACACGCCUAUAGUAUAUACAGGUCAUGUUUACAGUUGAUGUCACAAUGUCCAUCAGGCCUAGCUAAGGCUGCAAAUCGGCUUGAUUUUGAAGGUGGCGUUCAUCUGGGCAUCGGGACAUUUAACCUUCUUUUAUCACUUCUACCAACGAAGAUUUUACGACUUCUUGAAUGGGUUGGCUUUUCAGGAGAUAAGAGUCUCGGCCUUACCCAUUUGGAAGAUGGUGUCAAAAAGGACGGUAUCCGAUCACCAUUAUGUGCAAUGACAGUUCUUGGCUAUAGGAUCGUAGUUGGUCCAAUCUUAGGUUUCAAGGAUACAAACGAAGAGUACACUAAAAGCGUUCUUGGAUCCUGUCUAGAAAAGUUUCCAGAGGGUGCAAUUUUUUUGUAUUUCGCUGGAAGAAUAGAGCAAGUUCAAGGAAAAUUUGAGGAUGCGAUUCAAAGAUACGAAAGCGCAGUGUCAAUGAACGUCGAAUGGAAGCAGAUUCAUCAUGUUUGCUACUGGGAGCUGAUGUGGUGCAACAGUUUCCAAGGCAGAUGGAAGGAUGCCGUUCAUUUUGCAAGCACAUUGGCAAAAGAAAGCAAAUGGUCAAAAACCGCCUACCUGUACCUUGAAGGCUGCUUUCGAUUAAUGGACAUGUUUGAGAAAACAAAAACCAAUUUUUGGGAAGAUGAAGAAGAAGAGAAGGCCAUUACAGAAAUCUUUAAGUUAGUUCCAGAAUUUAAACAGAGGGUUGCUGGUAAAUCCUUGCCAUUUGAAAAAUAUGCAGUUUAUAAAGCGAACAAGUAUGUGAAGCAAAAGAAAAGACUUGUUUUAGCUGGACUGGAAGUUAUUUACAUUUGGAAUGGGUUCUCGAUGGCUGGCUAUCGUAAAGAACUCAUGGAGCAUUAUUUAGACAUCAUUAGAAUAACCUUAAAGGAGGUUGUCAGCACUAAAGAUACCAACGAGUUUUACGCAGAUGAAUACAGCUUGUGUAAAUUGUUAGAAGGGAUGUGUCUUCGCUACCUGGAUUCCCCUUCCGCUGCAGAGGCGUGCCUUAGAGAGGUUGUCGAAAAAGCGCCUGAUAUCAAGAUAGACAAUUACCUUGUUCCAUAUGCCUAUGCUGAAAUUGGCUUCUUGUUCAGAGCAAUUGGAAGAAAUUCUGAUGCCAUCAAACAUUUAGAAGAAGUCAGAAAGAAAUUCACAAAAUACAGCCUGGAAAGCAGGCUUCAUUUUCGCGUCCAUUCGAACAUAGAAGCGAUAAAAGAAGAAAUGAAGUCAUCAUCCCGGCAAUCAACGUCUUCAGGCGAAGAUGAUACUGUUUAUGAUGUGGUGGAGAUCCCCGAUGCUGAUGUUACAAACGAUUACGUUUCAGAAUUAUCAAGCAACAAAGAAAUAACCCUUCGCAAAGAAACUUCAAUUUAGACCUGCACAUCUGCAGUGUUUAUUUGUAGAAUCGCUUCAACAUUCAGCUUGCCGCUACUUUUUGAAAUAUAUUUUUACUGUAUUUAUUAACGGUUUUAGGUUAAGUUGUAAAGUUGUAUUUAAAAAUUUCAAUUGACAAUUGUAGUUAUAGAUUAAUAUCAAGUGUAACCAUAUUGUAGAAUUUUGAUUUAAUUGUCAUUAUAUUCAAUUAAAUUGCAAUAAAACUGUUAUGUCGAUUUGGUAAAGAAUCUGUGUCAAAAUAGAAAUAUGCGAAGCCGUUGGCAAUAAAAACCAUAGAUUCUAUAAUAUUUACCUAAAUGCACUUUAAGAAUUGGCUUUUUUGUCUCAUCGUUACAAGAAGAGGAUACCGUGUGAACAUCAAUUUAGCUUUAACAAUCAUGUGUCAUAGAACUUGAACUGAGUAGUUAGAAUCAAAGCUUGUACGUUACUGCAAACACUCGUCCCAUCCGCUCAAAUUGGCCAUUUCACGCUGAAAUGGUACAGUCAAAGCUGAGUUGAUCAGCUCUCAGAACAAAUUUUUUCCAUAAGUUUUAAUCGUUCGGGCAAUACCAUUUAAAAACUACAUUUUUUCCCUGGAGAAUAAGAAAGAAUUACUUUUCUCCGCAGUAAGUACAGUUACACCAUAUUUUGUUCAUUUUCCUAAACAUAUAUAAUAUUUCAUUUUAAAAUUAAAGAGAUUUAAAAGUGUUCUCAAGCUGUUUUAUUGCCUUAAUUUUUUGUCAGGUUUUGGGUAGUAAAAAAGGUGGAUUUUUCUUGAAAGAAAUCAUAUAAAUACCUUCC